AUGACCAACAGGAGUUUCCCAGUGGGCUUCAUCCUUCUAGGCUUUUCUCAUUUUCCUCAGCUGGAAGAAGUUCUCUUCUGGAUUGUGUCAGUCUUCUACAUCAUGAUCAUCUUUGGUAACUUGACAAUCAUCCUGCUUUCUUGUUUAGAGCCUCGUCUCCACACACCCAUGUAUUUCUUUCUUAGCAAUCUUUCCUUGUUAGAGCUCUGUUUUACCACUACCACACUGCCCCAAAUGUUAUCAAACUUGCGGAGUCAUGAAAAAACAAUCUCUUACACAGGUUGUGUCAUCCAGCUCUUUGUGUUUUUCUGCCUUGGUGCCACAGAAUGCAUUUUGCUGGUGGUGAUGGCCUUUGACCGCUAUGUUGCUGUCUGCCAGCCACUGCGCUAUACCAUCAUCAUGAACCCUCCUCUCUGUUGGAAACUUGCUUUUGUCGCAUGGCUUUCUGGCCUAACAGAAGCUCUGAUCCAAUCUCCCAUCACACUUCAGCUGCCCUUCUGUUCCCACCACCAAGUGGAUGACUUUCUCUGUGAGGUACCUGCCCUCAUACGGCUGGCUUGCGGAGACACCUCCUCCAAUGAGUUACAGAUGACCGUUUCAGCUGUUCUCUUCACUAUACUGCCUGUUGUUUUGAUCUUAACUUCUUAUGGCUACAUAGCUAAAGCAGUGGGGAAAAUCAAGUCAGAAGAGGGGAGACAGAAAGCCAUCGCCACUUGCUCUUCCCAUCUUGUGGUAGUGUUCAUGUUUUAUGGGACAGUGGCAAUGGUUUACACAGACCCUAAAAACAGCUUUGCUUCCGCCCAUGGAAAAUAUCUCACUUUAUUCUAUACUGUGGUCACACCUUUGUUGAACCCUCUCAUCUACACCUUAAGGAACAAAGAGGUCACAGAAGCUUUACAAAGAGUGCUGAAGAAAUACUUCAGGAAAUGA